CCACCGUCCGGGGCUCGCACUCACUCGUGCGUCCGACAUUCCCUGCCGAUGGCGAGGCCGGAACAUGGCAGAGGCCCGGGAGCCCCAGGCCGGCCCGCCGGUCCCUGUGCUCCGCCGAGGGACUUCCUCCGCCCUGCACCACCCUCCCGGACACAAAGAGCUCCUCUGUUAGUUUUGCAAGCUUGCCUCCGAGGCGGCCGGAGGAGACCGGAGCCCCAACCUGCGCCGGGGCAGGGGGCGGGGGGCUCCUGUUUUUAUUUACCACCCCCACCCCCACCCCACCCACACAGCCCAGACUUUCCCCUCGCUCCCUCGCUCCACGUUUAGAGGCAAAGUUGAGAGAAAGCCGCGGAGGGAGCAGAAAACCUGCCCUGUAGCCCGCUGGGUUUUGUUCUGUCGACCGCGGAGAAACUGGACCGAAACCUCUCCCCCGCACCCCGCACCCCGCACCCCGCACCCCGCCUCCCGCCUCCCGAUUGUGCUUUUUCGCUUUCCAACUUGAGCUCUCGAAUGUCGAAAACGCUGAGACACUGCUCUUCACCUAAGCGACGCUCAAAAGUUUACAGAACUCGAGCCCCGAGGUCGAGGGCGGUUCUGCGGAGCACUGGACCGAAGGGUUUCACGAUUCUUCCCCCCGGCGGCGAUGGGGGGGCCCCGCCGGCCGCCCUCCUCCCCACCCCCACCCCCGCCCCCACCCCUUCUCCCCUCCCCCUCGGUAGGUGGCGACCACGGCGCUUUUUUCCAGCCUUUGUCGCUGGAAAGAAAACUUUCCGAGCAGCCAGUCUUUUUGAUGUCGGUCCAAGACCUUCCCUUUGAAUCUCGGUGCCCGCAGAUCGGCGUUCCCCCAUCUCCUCCCGCGUCGACCGCACCCGGAAAGCCUCCCCUAGAAUUCCCACGUCGGGAUUCUUUAAAACAGACGGAGGCUUUCGCGGUCCCUGCGGGAGCCGCGCGAUUUGCAGAAGAUGGGCACGUCUCUACGGUUUCCCCCUCGCCUCCCACAGGCAUUUCUGUCCCCGCCGGGCUCGAUCGGGACUCUCCUUUGUCGAGCCUCUCUCCAAAGCGUUCCAUUCCGUUUUCAAACAAGAACAGUGUUUCUUUUUUGCACUCGUAUUUCAUUACCAUAUUGGCAUAUUUAAUUAAACUCCGUAGUCCCAGUAGCGAGUACUACUGACAGCUAUUUAGAGAACAAGCGUUAACUUUCUCGGGAAGUCUGCAAUCGAGCUAACAGGAGCAGCCAGGCUUGCAGGGGCAAACACAGCUGCUGUGGGGCUCGGGGAGGAUGUUUUAGGGAAGGGCUGGAGGCCUGGGUGGCUUCUGGAGGACGCUGGCAGCUUGAGGGCCGCCAGGGCAGGCUUCGCACCGUGAACUGGUGUCAUGGAGGAGCGUUUGGAGAGAGUCCCAAAGUGGGCUGGCAAGGCAGAAACUCAUUUAGUCAGGAGUCACUUGUCAUCAUUAAAAACUUGUUCGCCCCUGGCUUCUAUGAAUGUAACACUUUGGUGUGGAAUUUUGCUGCUGCUUCAUGAAAAACUCCCAACUUCUGUGAGGUGGAAGCAAUUCCUUGAAACUAUUAAGUCCCAAAGAGGCCCCUCAAGCUUUAGCUUGGAGGCUUGGAAUUGCCUCCCUACAGAAAGCUGGCUCUUUUGGAACAAUGAACAGUGUCUGGAAUGGUGUGUGGUUCAAAGUUUUUUUCUCUUCUUUUCUUUUUUUGCAUACUGCCGUUGGGGGCUGUAACCCUCAAAUUGAUGUCUUAUAGUCACACAGCAUGCUUUUACAGUCUUCCCUAAGGCCUGACUCAUCACCUUAGCAGCUACUGGUACAGUUACUGCCUUGUGCUAGCCAAUUCCUACCUCUCCUCAUUGAUAGGUGCUCUGUUAAUGGAGACCCUAAGUGAGGAGACACUCUGAAUAUCAUCUCAGCAGGGUGUGUUGUUUUUCCAACAUAGGAUCAAAUUGCUGGAUUUGGGGUUGAGCAACAGAUGGGGAAAAAAAAAAAAACGAACAAAUGAUUUGUGUUUAGGGGUGGAAUCCUUUGUUAAAUCGCACCCAGCUCACCGUUGUGGUCAGAAUCACAUUCAGCAUAACGAAAUGUGUAUGCUAAGACGGAUGGUCUGCAGCUCUCGGAUCAUGCUCACCUGAAGACCAAAAUGCACAGGGUCCAAUAGGCAGCCAAAUAUUGUAUGUUAUUUAUCUUGAAUUAUUUCAAAUAUUUCUCUUUUAAUGUUUAACCUACAGAAUGCAGUCCUGCAGAUGAGUGUCCAUGUAGCAUGACACCAUUCUACUGUAUACUUGGGAAACAAAAGCCAAGUCUAGGGACAACUGGGUGGCUCAGUGGUUAAGUGUCUACCUUUGGAUCAGGACAUGAUCCCAGAGUCCUGGGAUCAAGUCCCACAUCGGGCUCCUUGCAUGGAGCUUGCUUCUCCUUCCUCUGCCUCUAUCUCUGCCUCUCUCUCUGGGUCUCUCAUGAAUAAAUAAAUAAAAUCUUAAAAAAAAAAAAAAAAAAAAGCCAAGUCUAAUGGGCCUUGGCCAGUCAAGAGAUGGAUCUAGACCAACUGGUGUGAAUGCAUCUUCACAUAGACCGGGUUUGCAGAUUUGUAGCUUGCUUUAAAAAAAAAAAAAAAUUUUAUUUAUUAUUGUGGGAGAAGGCAUGAGCAAGUACAUGAAUGGGGGGAGGGGGUGCAAAGGGAGAAGCAGACUCCCCAAUGAGCAGGAUGUGGGACUCAAUCCCAAGACCCUGGAAUCAUGACCUGAGCCAAAGGCAGAGGCUUAACUCAUGGAACCACCCAGGCACCCCUGCUAAAUUGCUUUUAAAUACUGAGUGACCGGUGGCAGAGCAGUGGAUGACCCUGUUUUCGCCACCUGGCGAAAUGGAGCUCGAGGCCAUGAGCAGAUACACCAGCCCAGUGAACCUUGCCUUCUUCCCCCAUCUGACCAUGGUGCUAUUGGCAAUUGACAUGUUCUUUACCGCCUGGUUCUUCAUUUAUGAGGUCACCUCCACCAAGUACACUCGGAAUAUCUACAAAGAGCUCCUCAUCUCCUUGGUGGCCUCACUCUUCAUGGGUUUUGGAGUCCUCUUCCUGCUGCUCUGGGUUGGCAUCUACGUAUGAGCUCCCAAGGGUUCCAACCAGGUGGCUUCACUGAACUUCUGCUUUUGUAAAUUAAUAUUUUUACUAUUGCUGGAAGUGUCCCACCUGCUGCUCCCAAUAAAGGGAGAUGUGUGACCAUCAAAAAAAACACAAAAAAAACAAUGAUAUGGUAAUGAUCAAAUGUCUUCAACAGUCUCGAAAACUAAUCAUGUUCUCCUGGAGUUAAUUCUUCAUAUCAGGAAUCUUUCUUCUCCAUUAUCAUGGGACCAUUUAUUCAUGGACCCACCCUGGUUAGAGAACCCUACCACCCAACCACCCAUGUAGACAGAACUGUACUGACAUCACUUGGUCAAGGUUACCAUUGUUGAGAGAUCAUUUAGUGCUCUUUUGAAUCCAAACUGAAUAAUUUAAACUUUCUGUGACUCUGUCAUGUAUUUUAAGUUGCCCAAAACCAUAAUUCUAAGCGAAAGUUGAGAUUUUCUUGACAUACCCGUUUCUCACAGCACAUCCAGUCUAACUUUUUUUGAAGAUUUUAUUGUAUUGGGCAGCCCCCCGUGGCACAGCGGUUUGGCGCCGCCUGCAGCCUGGGGUGUG